GGCUCAAAGCAAGUGGGCCCAAACAUCCGUUGGGCAACAUCCUGAGUCUUCUGUGGACUUCUGCAGGCGGGUGGUAACCCUCGUCUGCUUCUCAGCUAAGAAAACCCAGCAAAGCGUUCGUUCUCGAGCUGUGGUCAAGACCAUGGCAGAAUUCACUACAUCGUGGACAGCAGGGCAGACCCUCCACGCUGUCUACAGUUCUCUUGCUCCCCUAUGGGUUGAGCUGUCCUUUCUUUUUUUCUUCUCCAUGGGCUUCUUCUACCUCCGUGCCGAAAACUUCCGCAAGGGGAAGAAGAUGCCCAAGGUGAAGGGGGGCUUUGCACAAAACUUCCGGGCUUCCGUGCGUAAGACUAUGGAAGCCGAGGCUGCGGCUGGCAAUGCUUCGAAGAUCCUUGAAGCUUGGCGGCUGGAGGAGUCGAGUGCACCCACCCCGAAGGAUCUGGUGAAGCCAGUGGUGCAAGCCUUCAUCGAUGCGGAGCCUGAGGCGCUGGUGGAUGAGAUCAUUGAGCACCUGCGCAAUCACAAAGAUGCGCUCGUGAACUCCUGGGCCGGCACGGUGAUCCUGGACACGGUGGCUCGCUCAGGGAACGUCGAGGUGAUGAUGGACUUGUGGAACGACUACCAGAGGAAGUUGAACUUGUCCCGCAGCUGCUCAAUGUAUGAAGUCAUCCUUGGGGGAUUUGCUUCGGCCGGCCACCCGGACAAGGUAGAGGAAUUUGAAGGCAUGAUGCGCAAAGAUAAGCUGAAGCUAUCUCCUCGCGGGCACUCCCUCAUCAUCAAGGGCUUUCUGAAGAAUGGCCUGGUGGAUGAGGUGCUAAAGCGCAUUGUUGCCAUGACCAAGUCUGGGCACAUGGUGCCAGCCUUCGCAGUCGCCCAGUUCUUGCGGGUGGCCGCGGAGAACGGCAAGGCCGCGCACAUGUAUGCCAAGCUUUUGGAGGACGAGGUUGCCCUUGGCACAGAAGCUGUGACGGUGAUCCUUGAAGAAUGCGUUCGCAGCCAUGAUGCAAAGCUCGCUCGUCAAGUGGAGGCAGCCGCGCGAGCGGCAAAGGUUGCCUUUGGUGUCCAUGCCUACGACGCGUUGCUCAAGACCUACGCUGAAGAUUGUGAUGUGCAUGCCAUUGAGGUGUUCAAAGAGAUGCAGGCUGCGGGACACAGCAUCAGUGAGGGGCUCUGUGUUGGGCUUUUGGCGCGCUGCGCGGAUGGGAAGUUUCUCAGCUUUGCUGAAGAGAUUGUGCGCUUCGUGCGUGCUGGCCCCGGAAUGAGCAUUGCCGUGUACAGUGGCCUCAUGAAGGUGUAUGCCUACUCGGGCAUGUACGGCAAGGCUUGCGACCUCUACGACCAGAUCCGGGCUGACGGGCUGGAGCCGGACACCAUGAUGUACGGCUGCCUGAUGAAGUUCUCCGUGGAAUGCGGGCGCACGUCGCUGUCGCAAGAACUUUCGGAGAAGCUAUCGGUGCUGGACAUCCAGAACUACAUGUCUCUCAUAAAGGCAGCUGGCCGCGAUCGCGAUGUCGACCGCGCAUUUUCAAUCAUCCAGCGCCUGCGCGAGAAUAACGUGACGCCCGAUGCCAUCGCGUUCAACUGCGUCCUCGACGUGUGCGUCAAAGCCGGCGACCUUCGCCGUGCUAGGCAGCUGGUCCAGGAGAUGAAGGACUUGUCGCUGCUUGACAUCAUCACGUACAACACCCUGCUGAAGGGGUAUUGCAACCAAAGCGACAUCAAGGGUGCCAAGGACCUGCUGACUGAGAUGACGAAAGCUGGCUAUCAGCCGAAUGACGUGUCCUACAACUGCAUUUUGAAUGCAGCUGUGAACAAUGGCAGCUUUGACGACGCCUGGGAUACCAUUGCGAAGAUGGAGCAAAUGAACGUGCGGCCAGACCACUACACUGUGUCCAUCAUGUUGAAAGCUCUGAAGCGCGCCAAGGGUCCGAAGGAUGUGAGCCGCUGCCUGGGCUUCCUGGACCGAUCCCACAUCGACCCUUGCUCCGAUGAGAUUCUCAUGAACACCGUGCUGGAGACUUACAUUCGCCACAAGGAGUUCAGGCGCCUGGAGGCACUCCUCAGCAAGUUUGAGCAGUCCAGCCUGCGGCCUUCGGUGCCCACCUACGGCUCUAUCAUCAAGGCGUACGCGAACUUGAAGCGUCCCGAGAAGUGCUGGCACUACUGGAACGAGAUGCAAGGCCAGCGCGGCCUUGAGCCCAAUGACAUUGUCUACGGCUGCAUGCUGGACGCUCUGGUUUGCAAUGGUCAAGUGGAUGAGGCUGUUCAGCUCUUUGAGGGCAGCAACGUGAAGCCCAACGCGGUUCUGUGCUCUAUCCUGGUCAAGGGCUUCACGAACACUGGCCAGACCCAGCGGGCGAUGUCCUUGUGGAACGACAUGCGCCGAAAGGGCGUGAAGAUGAACACGGCGGCCUGCAAUGCCUUUGUGGACGCACAGGCGCGCGUCGGUAACAUGGAGGAGGUCUUGCAGAUCGUGGAGGCCAUGGCCGAAGACGGCUGCAAGCCCGACGGCAUCACACAUUCCACCAUCGUCAAGGGGUACUCUGUGCGAGGUGACCUUGACAAGGCCAUGGAGGUGCUCCGUGGCAUGCAGGACAGCGGUGUGCAUCAUGACGCGAUUGUCUACAACACAAUCCUGGAUGGCUGCACUAAACACAAGAGGUCUGAUCUGGUGGACCAGAUCCUCGACAGCAUGGAUGCACACAGGAUCACGCCAACAAACUUCACUCUGGGAAUCCUGGUGAAGUUCUACAGCCGGCAGAAGCAGCUUGACAAGGCUUUCGCAUGCAUGACCACUCUUCCGAAGCGCGGGAAUUUCGUGCCGAACUGUCAAGUCUGGUCCUGCCUGAUGGGCGCUUGCCUCAUGAACGGGUCUCCGACCAAAGCCUUGCAGGUCUUCCGGGACAUGCGGGCCGCAGGCCAGAGCGCGGACACGCGGGCUUGCACUUCGUUGGUGUCGGGCCUGGUGCGCAUGGGCCAGUUGAAGGAGGCGGUGCAGGUGGUGGACGAGGUCUACAGCAAGGGGCGGUCCAGUGUGGAGCAGGACUGCCUCGAGAGCCUGCUGGCGGCUUUGGCGCAGAAGGGCCUGCGCGACGAGGUGGGCGCGCCUCUGCUGGAGCGGCUCCGUGCCGCCCAGGUCCCCAUCAGCGGCCGCCUCAUGGCGGCCACGCUGGCGGAGACAGCAACCCCCUGGCGGGCCAAGCGCGCCUAGGGUGCGCCAGGAACCGCGAGGGAGAGGAAGGGCGGCACCGCCCAAAGGGAAAGGAGACACAUUUGAAGGCCUCGAAGAAGGCCUUGGCCGCUUUUGGUAGCCAUGCCAUAGCCCAAUGUGUACAGCGGGGCUUUGGUGCAAGACUGAUUCUGCUGGGGCAAAUCCUUCGCGACUGCUCUGUGCAGAGGUGUCUCUGAUGCCUUUUUGCAAAUGCAGGCCCAGGCGGGUUCCUGCUACCGGGGAUUUCCGGCACCUUACUACAGACAGUGCAUGAAGGA